GGGGGCGGGAACGCAGCGAGUGGGUAGCAACAGUUGCCCGGGUGAGGACGAAGCGCCAUAGCCACGGUAGUCGUGGUGACAAGAACCCAGCAACGGGAAUCAACAACAACAACAAACCGAUUCAUUGACAAAAAGCGUAUUAAAUCCAAAGUGCCGCUGGAAAAGUCACUCGGAAUAAGAGUCCAAUGGCAACCCCAGCGUAUGUGAGGGAGUUACAGCAGACCUCCCAGCCUCAGGGAGGCGGUGUGACUCCCACAUCAGGCCAGGCUGCCACCGUGACGGCAGCUUCCCAACAAUACCUGGCUGAACUUCAGACUACAGGGGCCACACCUUCAGCGGACCCGCCCACUGGCCAGACCACACCCCCUCCAUCACAAGCACAGAAGAGCCAGGCAAUCGCCCUGGCACCGCCCGCACAAGCCCCGCCCAAUCAGACUCAAUAUGUCACAGCUGAGAUUCAGAGCUCACCUACGCAGUCCAGCAGUCAGAAUACACCACAAUACAUCGUUGUCACAGUUACAGAGGGUUCUCUUCAUUCCAGUGACUCUGUGUCAGAUUCUAGUCCUCCUGCUGCUGUAAUCCAGACUGGAGUUCCUACACAGGUGGUGCAGCAGGUGCAGACCUCCCAACAGAGGUCAGUAGUUCAAGCCACAUCUCAGACAAUGAAAACAGAGCCGGGCACCCAGCUGAAUGUCACCAGCCUACAAUCGGUGCACCUGACACAGGAGGUACAGCAGCAGCUCCAACAGGUGCCAGUCCAGCAUGUGUAUACUAACCAGGUGCAGUAUGUGGAAGGAGGAGAUGCUAACUACACCACCAGCACCAUUCGUUCCAGCAGUUUCCCGUACACAGAGACCCCUCUGUACACCCAGACCUCUGCUGGACAGUACUAUGAGACCACCCCUGCCUCUGGUUCUGAGGCUGCGUCCCCCGGCACCCCUCUAACUGUCUCCGUGACCACAGGAACCCCCGGGGUGUCCAUGUUUGUGGCGGGGACGGGGCAGAUUGUGGCCAAUCCCACGACGGCGGCAGUCACAGCUGUAGUGGCAGCCACUGGGACGGCGUCGAACGGUUCCGGAGAUUCCGGAGGCGAGGCUAACGGAAGCAGCGGGAGCUAUGUGAUUCAGGGCGGCUACAUGCUGGCUGGCAGCGGGACCGGCAGCAGCGGAAACGGUCAUGGUUAUCCGCACCCCACUCGUGCCUCUCCAGCCACCGUGAGUAUAAAUGAAGGCGAGGACAAUAGCGUGCCGUCGGCAGACAAAAAGCUGUCCUCUGGCCCUCAGGUGCAGUGGUUGUUGGAUAAUUAUGAGACAGCGGAAGGGGUGAGUUUGCCCCGGUCUACUCUCUACUGCCACUACCUGCUGCACUGUCAGGAGCAAAAGCUGGAACCCGUCAACGCGGCAUCCUUCGGAAAACUCAUCCGCUCGGUGUUCAUGGGUUUGAGGACCAGACGCCUGGGCACACGAGGGAAUUCCAAAUAUCACUACUAUGGACUGCGGAUCAAAGCGAGCUCAUCUCUGCUCCGUCUGAUGGAGGACCAGCAACACCUGGCCAUGAGGCAGCAGCCCUUCUCCCAGAAACAGAGGUGGAUACAUGUGCUCUCUUUCAUAUCUUGCUAUCAGUCUCUCAGGUUCCUGUGUUUCUCAGUCUGGUUCUGUCUCCCUGAGCUGAAGCCGGUACAGAAGGUGGAGGGAAUCACUAACGGAAUGUCGUCAGGAUCUGGACAGCAACAGCAGCAGCAGCAGCAGCAGAGCUCGGGUCUGUCGGACAUCAGCACCCAGGUCCAGCAGUACCAGCAGUUUCUAGAUGCGUCCCGAGCUCUCCCGGAAUUCCCUGAUGUUGACCUGCAGGGUAGAGCUUUACCAGAGGGCAUUGAGCUGGAACAUCUUAAAAACUUUCAGUUGCUCUACAGGGAACACUGCGAAGCCAUUCUGGAUGUGAUGGUCAACCUUCAGUUCCCUUUGGUGGAGACUCUUUGGAAAACGUUUUGGAGGUUCAGUGAAAGUCAGACAGGAGACUCAGCAACACUAGCUGUGCAUGACGAGUCUGAGAAGAGGCUGCCCAAGUCAUGUUUGGUGCUGCUCUGUAAAUAUGAUCCAGUGCUUCGCUGGAGUCGUGACUGCGACAACACACUGUACCAGGGCCUGGUGGAGAUGCUCAUCCCAGACGUUCUGAGACCUAUUCCCAGUGCCUUAACACAAGCCAUCCGAAACUUUGCGAAAAGUCUUGAGAGCUGGCUGACUAAUGCCAUGAUGAACAUUCCUGAAGAGAUGGUUCGUGUGAAGGUGACGUCUGCAAGUGCGUUUGCUCAGACCCUGCGCAGGUACACCUCUCUAAACCACCUGGCCCAAGCAGCUCGUGCCGUACUGCAAAACACGGCACAGAUCAACCAGAUGCUCAGCGACCUCAACAGAGUGGAUUUUGCCAAUGUGCAGGAACAGGCAUCCUGGGUGUGCCGGUGUGAGGAUCGGGUGGUGCAGCGGCUGGAGCAGGACUUCAAACUCACCCUCCAGCAGCAGAACUCUCUGGAGCAGUGGGCAGCCUGGCUGGAUGGUGUGGUCUCGCAGGUCUUAAAGCCGUACCAAUCUAGCUCUGCCUUUCCAAAAGCAGCUAAACUCUUCCUGCUGAAAUGGAGUUUUUACAGCUCUAUGGUGAUCAGAGACCUGACCCUCCGCAGUGCCGCAAGCUUCGGCUCAUUUCACCUAAUCCGCCUGCUUUAUGAUGAGUACAUGUACUAUUUGAUAGAGCACAGAGUUGCACAAGCCAAGGGUGAAACUCCGAUUGCUGUCAUGGGAGAGUUUGCAAGUCUUGGUCGAAGUUUGAACCCACUUGAUCCUGAUAAAGAAGAGGAAGAGGAGGAGGAAGAAGACAGCGACGAUGAGUGUCAGGAGUUGUCCCUGCAGUCUGAUGGGGGCGCUAUCGGGGACGAAUCUCUAGAACCGCCCGCUAAGCUGGCUCGAACUGACCAGAGGGUGCUGUUCACCACAGGAAGCAUGGAUAACUAAGAACUUGAAUACACACAUGCACCUACAAGCACACACUCCACAUAACACUCACCCAUCAUUCCUGCACUUAAACCAACACAUGCAUCUAAAAGACAGUAAUGCUGCAGCUGCAUAUUUACACAACAUUUCAGAUGUUCGUAUGUACAUUUCCAAGCCUGUCGACGUCUCAAAUGCACAUAUACACAAGCGUUCACUUAAAUACAGAGACACAGAUGGCGCCGACCUCGCCCUCACACACUCAUUACAUGAACACAAUCACCGAUCAUAUCAAGAUCUUAGACAGGGUGAAGAGGUCACUAAAAAUAGCUCUCGAGUCUCGAAUCUAAACCUGAUUCUGUCUCUUUUAGCUGAUUCUGUCUCUAAGACACAAGAACACAAACGAAACCUGCUGCAACUGGAUCCUAAGAGUCGUUCGCGAUGGACUGAACUCUGAUUGGCUACUGAAACCUGAAUGAAACUGUCAGUCAAGCUUUUUUUAACCUGAAAUGGUUGUUAGGGAGAAAAGAUGGACUGUAAGUGUGCGUGUUGUGUGUUGAUGUAUACUUUCUGCCUAUCCGUGUGUUGUUCGUGUGAUUGUGAGUGACCCGGGACCUUAGCGUUUUUAUCGGCUAGCGCCAACGCGUGUGUUUUUGUGCAUGUGCGAACGACCGUCCGUGGUUCUCAAGAAGUGUUGAUAGUUGUUUUCGUCAGUGGUACCUUUUUAAGUUCUUGAUGCCUUCAGUGACUGCCAUGUCAUUAAAUGUUUUAAGCAUAUUACAGCCCUGCUCUUUAAAAACUCAAUUUCCCAUGAGUCUACUGGGUGUAUGUGAAUCAGCUGGGGUGUGUAUUUUUGCUAUUUUUUUUUUUUAUUUAUUUAUUUUUUAUUUUAGGGCUAGUCUAUACAUACCUCUGCAUAUGACAGCAGUUUGCCAGAAAUGAGAGGAGAGGGUUCCCCCCAGUUUGGUUUUCCUCUCACUUCUUAUUUUUUAAGUUUUUUUUUUUUUUUUUUUUCUUUUGUUGCACUUUUCCUCUUGCCAAACGUCGUCCUGAGCUUGGCAUAAGACAUUAAAUGUUUCUGUCCAUGCAUACUUUUUUCUAUGGUCACAAAGUGGCAAUCUCGAUGUGUACAGCGUUGUCUAACACUGUUUAGUGCUUAUUUGAUGGUUUGCUGUGUGUUUGAGAUUUGGGUUAAGAUAUUUUACUGGAACCCUUCAAACAAACUUGACACCACUGCCCAUAGUAGCUAGGAAAUGUCAGAGUAGAGAGCGAAACAUCUUUCGGCCAUUUCGUUCUCAAGACUCAUUGGUUUAAUUCUGUUCUUGUGUUGUGGCAUAUUUAAUGAUCAAUUUGAGAGAGCUACAGCACAUUAAAACUCUAUAUCCCAUAUCAUUCAACAUAUGUAAACUACGAUUAUUUCUGCUGUAGAUGCUGACUGAUCUCAAACCAGCAUGAUGCUUUUCUUUUCCUCUGAUUCUCUUGACAGAACCACACGAAACAUAUCAGAAGAUCUGGAGAUCCUCUCUGUAUGACAGCCAUUUUCAUAACAAAAUGAAUUUCCCUUUUCACUUUUUUGAAGUUGUUUCCAUUUCUUGCUCAAAAA